AUGGAUUUUGGAGGCCUAGAGACAGUGGUUGCCAACUCUGCAUAUGUGGCUGCUCGAGGGAGUAUGGACAGUAAUGCACCAUAUGCAAUGCGAAACAAGAAAAUGCGUGCUCGACUCAAACUUCCCCAUAUUACUGAGUGUGAACACCUGAAGAACCAGAUUAACUUAGACUUCAUCAAUAUCUGCUGCAAACAGCCAAUUGGUAAAAGACUCUUCAUGCAGUUUUUGGAAAACACAGCAGAGUUUAAAACUGCAGGUGACUUUUGGAAGGAUGUGGAGGAAUAUAACAUGGCUGAGGAAAAGGAUCGCAUUGCAAAGGCUCAGAAAUUAGUAAACACAUAUUACGAGUCUAGCUCCAAGGAGUUCUGCUCUUUUUUGGAAGACAAGGCCAUCCUGAGAGUGAAAGAGGAUGCAAAGAAUGGAAGGAGUGAUCUGUUGCAAGAAUCUGAUAAACAAUUGAUGAAAUACUUGGAGGAAACAACGCUGGAGACUUACAAAAACAGUAUGUACUUUCUGAGGUUUCUGCAGUUUAAGUGCCUGGAAAAACAACCUAUCACAGAAGAGUGGUUUAUGGAUUUUAGAGUCCUUGGAAAAGGUGGAUUUGGAGAGGUGUAUGCGUGUCAGAUGAAAGCAACAGGCAAGAUGUAUGCCAAUAAGAAACUGAAUAAGAAGAGGCUGAAGAAGCGCGAUGGCUAUGAGGGAGCAAUAGUGGAGAAGAGAAUCCUUGAAAAGGUUCACAGCCGCUUUAUUGUCUCCCUGGCUUAUGCUUAUCAGACAAAAAUGGAUCUCUGUUUGAUAAUGACCAUCAUGAAUGGAGGAGACCUGAGGUACCACAUUUAUAAUGUUGAUGAAAAAAACCCUGGCUUCUGUGAGCCCAGGGCAUGUUUUUACACAGCGCAGGUCAUCUGUGGCUUAGAACAUCUUCACCAACAUGGGAUCAUCUAUAGGGAUCUCAAACCUGAGAAUGUACUUCUGGAUGAUGAAGGUCAUGUUAGAAUCUCAGACAUGGGACUGGCUGUGGAGCUCAAGGAAGGUGAAACAAAGACAAAAGGAUAUGCAGGAACACCAGGCUUCAUGGCUCCAGAGUUGCUGAAAGGGGAAGAAUAUUCAUGGAGUGUUGACUACUUUACCUUAGGUGUUACACUGUAUGAGAUGAUAGCUGCCAAAGGCCCCUUCCGAACACGUGGGGAAAAGGUAGAACUUAAAGAGAUAACACGACGUAUCUUGAAUGAUCCAGUAAUGUACUCUGAGAAAUUCAGCAGUGACUGUAAGGCAGUCUGUGAAGGCCUCAUGGUUAAGGAUCCUGCCAAGAGACUUGGGUUCAAGGAUGGUUACUGCACAGAUAUAAAGAAUCAACCAUUCUUUCAGAAAAUCAACUGGGGUCGGCUGGAGGCAGGUCUUGUGGAACCCCCUUUUGUCCCAGAUCCUAAAAUGGUGUAUGCUAAGGACAUUGAUGCUGUGGGUGCAUUCUCCACAGUCAAGGGAGUGGUUGUAGAUGACAAAGACCAUGAGUUCUAUGAAGAGUUUGCAACUGGCAGCAUUCCAAUCCCCUGGCAAGAAGAAAUGAUUGAAACAGGAGUGUUUGGAGAACUCAAUGUCUGGGGUGCCAAAGGUACCAUUCCAAUUGACCUUCGUCGGGACUCUGCUCCUAUUAUAACUACCAGGUCAGGGACCUGUGUUCUAGUCUGA